CUGAGAGUUUUUUUUAAAAGAAGAAAGACGUCAGGGAAGAUGCAGCUCCCUGUUUUUGUAGUAGAUGCUUUUACAGGGGAAGCGUUCCGGGGGAAUCCUGCUGCUGUUUGUCUCCUAGAAAAUGAAUUGAAUGAUGAAAUACGCCAAAAAAUUGCAAGAGAAAUGAAACAUUCUGAAACAGUUUUUAUCCAGAAGCUUCACCCGACGGACAGCUUUACCCAAAGUUCCCGCUUCGGGCUAAGGUGGUUCUCACCUGUGACUGAGGUCCCUUUCUGUGGCCACGCUACAUUGGCUUCCUCGGCUGUGUUAUUUUACAAAAUAAAAAAUGUGAAUCCAACUGUAACUUUUGUAACCUUAAGUGGAGAAUUCAAAGCCAGAGCAGCAGAGGACGGGAUCGUCAUGGAUCUGCCUUGUUUUCCCAUCCAUCCGAAGGAUAUUAAAGAAAUCCAGGACUUGGUCAAGGCAGCAGCAGACGACAUUCUGAUUCAGGACGUCCACUAUUGUCCAGACACCAAGUUCCUCUUUGUUCGGAUUGAUGACUCUUACGGAAGGGCCUUCCUGGAGAACCUGGAGGUGAACACAAGGGAUCUGAUGGAGAUUGAAAAUACAGGGAAGGUAAAGGGACUCAUGCUCACCGUGAAAGGUGAGGGAGGCGGAAAGACCCAAGGUUAUGACUUCUACGCCAGAUUUUUUGCCCCCUGGCUUGGUGUAGCAGAAGACCCAGUCACAGGAUCUGCCCACGCCAUUCUCAGUAGCUACUGGUCCCAGAAGCUCGGGAAGAAGGAAAUGCGGGCUUUUCAGUGUUCCCACCGUGGGGGAGGAAUGAAGAUUUCGAUGCGGGAUGAUAGAAGAGUUGACAUUACUGGCCAAACAGCUUUUGUUUUGGAAGGGAAUUUGACCAUUUGAAAAUCAGCAUGCCGGGAUUUACAUUACUUCUGAUUACUUUUCCCUAGUUGCUGAAAUCAAAUUAAAUACAGAACCUCUUAUGCAGUAGGCAAAUUUGAAAAUUAUAGAAUAAAAGAUAUAUUUUAGUAUAAAUUUAAAAA